AUGAACGAUGACAAUGACGAUGAAGAAGAAGACCGUAUGGAGGAGAACACAGUGAGAAACGACAACAGAGAAGAAGACCAGGAGGUAGAUGGAGACGAGGAAAUGGCUGGGCAGGAAGACGAGAUUAUUGAGAAAUGCAUUUGUCAAAGAAAGACCAUAGAAAAGGUUCAAUUCCCACAUUGA